AUGCCAGCAAGUACACAAGUUUGUGAUGCUGUGGAGAAAUUUACUGGUGUUUCAUCUGCAACAACUGAACAGCAUGUUGAAUUGAGAGAAUCACGACAGUUUAAUGAUGAGAAGCACUUACAAAUAUUGCAGAACUGGCUACGAUCUCACUCUCCAUUUCAAGAAACUUUUAGUGGGUUGGUAUCCUUGGGAACAGGAAUAAUUGCUGAUGAUUUAGUGAACUGUGACACAGCAAAAUCAAUUGGCUUAAAAGAAAUGCAUGAUAUGGAUGGCAAGAAGUUCUCAACUAUACACUUAAAAAGAAAGAACGCAGUACGGUCAAUAUCAGUCAUGAGGAAUGGACUGAAAGUUCGUGAGGAUGUUGUUGCAGUGAAAUCUCAACAGCUUUUCAGCAGAAUAAUAUGUGUUUUGAAAAAUGAUGACCAACUUGCUAAUUAUAUGACUUAUGAAUUGGCCCCUAAACCUCCUUCACUCUUUGACGACGUCUCAAUGAGAAAAGGGCACAAAGCAGCCUUAGUGACUAAAUUGAAAUCAUAUGGACCUUGGAAGGGUUAG